AUGCCUACGUUAUCGGCGCACCGCCCGCCACAGCCGGCCACCCAGGAACGGCCGGAGCAGCUGCUGGAACUGGAAAGUCCAGCCUUUACGAUCGUACCGAGUGAUCAGUACCAGCGGAGCAUGAUCGGUAAACCGAACGCGAUCGUACGACCCCUCAGACAUGCCGGGCAGCAGCCUCAGCAGCAACGGGAAGUGAUCGAAGGACAGCACAUCGUCAGUCUUCAUCCGGACUACAAGCUUUUGCACGAGCUCGAGCAGCAACUGAUCCGGAACAAUCGGAAAAGCCGCCGGAGUGCUGCCAGCGAGCCCAAGGAUGACCCCAACCGGCAGCAGCAGGAACUCCAUCAACACCCGCAGCAGCAGCAGCAGCAGCAGGAGAACCGUCCUUUCACGCACGAGUUUAGCCGCGAGCUGGACGCCAAGCUGCGAAUGCUGCAGGGUGACUCCUCGAAGCGUUCGUCCAAAAAUGGCAGCACGCAGGAGGUGAACGCCAGGAAGCGCCCGCUCUUCAUCACGACCGUCCCGAAGGGUGUGUUCCUGAAGCCGUGCAAGGAUCUACCGGUCCUGCACGCGUCCGCACCGGCCGUACAGCGCCGCCUGUACGCGUUCGAGAGCCGGCCCCGUGUCCUGCCGGCCCACGGUCCAGCCGGCAAACCGCCCGGUGCUCCGAACAACAACAAUGACACCAGCCACCCGAACUACAACCAUCCGGGUCUGGAGUACAUCUGCAAGCACGGCAGCCAUCACUACAACAAACCGUUGGCCCGUGGCCCCGGCAUCCAACCGGAAGUGCCGACGGAGACCACGAUCCGAAAGGUGGUGACUGCGACGACGACGACGGAGCUACAAUCGAUCGGAGCGGCCGCUCGGGGCCACCGUACGGCAAGAGACCAAUCGCAGCAAGGCGGCAACUACCAGAACGUGAUGCACGAUCGGCGCGUCGUCCGGGGCAGCAAUUAUACCUCAAGCAGCAACCUACAGCUGCCGGAACAUGCGAACUCCUGUGGGUUGCCCAAGUGGAAUCCAUAUUUCGGUUACGCUGGUCUUCUGUCAGGAAAGGGCGAUGGCGACAGCACGCAGAAGGAAGCGGAAGCCCGACGGCGGCAGCUGCUGCGCAAGAAGUACGUCUCCCGGAACCAGCGCGGCAUCAUCGGGACACCUCCCCCGGUGCGUGGCCGACGGCACGAAACGGUCCAGACCGAAAAGUACCUCGAAGAGCUAUUUCUGCACCCGCCCGAGCUCGAUGCCGGCUGCCAGACGGAUCUGUUCCUCCACCGACCGCCGUCGCCGCCCUACAUUCCCGCCAAGAGCGGCUGCGAUGCGGCCACCGAGAUUCUCGAUGGUGAGCUGUUUGACUUCGACACCGAGGUGCAGCCGAUCAUCGAGGUGCUCGUCAGCCGGACCCUUGAGCAGGCGCUGGUCGAAGUGCUGCACGAGGAAGAGAUUGCCGAAAUGCGCCGCCAGCAGCAGAAAAUCCUGGCACUGCGCGAAGCGGAACUGGCCGAACUGCGGCGGCUCGAGCUCGACGAGCAGAAGCGCCAGCGGGAGCGCGAGCGCCGCUUCCUACAGGACAAGAUUACCGGCGACCUGGACCGCGAGAUGCAGGAACGCAUCACGGCGGCCAAGCUGCUGGAGGGCAGGAUCGACGAUCUCGUACCGGAAGUGAUGGCGGCCGCCGACCAGCUCGACAGCGAGAAGGACCGCGAGGAGUUCGAGCGCCAGAUUACGCCCUGGUUGGCGCGGGAAGUGGCGCACGAGAUUGGCCAGUGGAUCGAUUCCAGGGAGUUGCUGGAAGAUAUUAUACGCGAAAUUGUAAAACACAAAAAGAAGCUUCUGGUGACCGAAGACCAAUACGAUGAAGUGGACCCAGACGACGACGCCCCAGACGAGUCUCUGCCGAGCGAUGCCGGCGGUGGCGAGGAAAUCGAUGGGACAGCUCAAACUGUCGAAGCACCACCGGAAGCCAAGGGCACCGAAGAAAGUGAGGCGUAA